UGCUCCGUUAGGCAUGGCGGCUGCGAAGGCGCCUUUGGAGUUCCAUGCCAAGCGGCCCUGGGCUGGGCAAGAGGCGGUAGGCGAUCCGGAUGAGGAGGACGAAGAUGAUAGCGGUGAAGCCGAAAAUGGGUUCUCGCUGGAGGAGGUGUUACGGCUCGGAGGCACAAAGCAAGAUUACCUUAUGCUGGCUACUUUGGAUGAAAAUGAGGAAGUGGUGGAUGGAGGAAAAAAAGGAGCAGUUGAUGAUCUUCAGCAAGGUGAACUGGAAGCAUUUAUUCAAAAUCUUAGUUUGGCCAAAUAUGCAAAAUCUUUCAUUGAAGAUGAUGAACAACCUAAAAAGGAAAAUGCCAGCAAAAAAGAAAYAAAAGUAUCUAACAUAGAUAGUAAAAAGCAAAAUGCAGCAGAAAGUGAACGGACAUCAAUCAAUAAGGUGAAAAAUAAGAGGCCAGAACAGCGUUCUGAUAAGAACAGUGGUACCAUAUCAAAAGUAAAGAAAGAUAAACAACAAGACAUCUUUGAAUUUUUUGAGAGACAGACAUUGUUACUCAAGCCUGGGGGCAAAUGGUAUGAUUUGGAUUAUACCAAUGAAUAUUCUUUGGAACCUCAGCCUCAAGAUAUUGUGUCUAAGUACAAAACUCUGGCUCAGAAGCUAUAUGAGCAUGAAGUUAACUUAUUCAAAAGUAAGACGAAUAAUCAAAAGGGAGCCUCUUCUACCUGGAUGAAGGCGAUUGUAUCAUCAGGGACACUAGGUGACCGGAUGGCAGCCAUGAUCCUUCUCAUCCAGGAUGAUGCGAUUCACACACUCCAAUUUGUAGAAACUCUUGUGAACCUUGUUAAAAAGAAGGGCAGCAAACAGCAGUGCCUUAUGGCUUUGGAUACUUUCAARGAGUUACUCAUUACAGACCUUUUGCCAGAAAGUCGAAAGUUACGGAUUUUCAGUCAGCAUCCAUUCAACAAAUUAGAACAGUUGUCCAGUGGCAACAAGGAUUCAAGAGAUAGAAGGUUGAUAUUGUGGUAUUUUGAACACCAACUAAAACACUUAGUAGCUGAAUUUGUUCAGGUCUUAGAAACUUUAAGUCAUGAUUCAUUAGUAACCACUAAAACUCGAGCACUUACAGCUGCUCAUGAGCUUCUUUGUAACAAGCCUGAGGAAGAAAAGGCUCUUCUUGUUCAGGUGGUAAAUAAACUGGGAGAUCCUCAGAACAGAAUAGCCACAAAAGCCUCCCACCUGUUAGAGACAUUACUUUGUAAACAUCCCAAUAUGAAAGGAGUUGUGUGUGGUGAAGUAGAAAGGCUACUCUUUCGUUCAAAUAUCAGCUCCAAAGCUCAAUAUUAUGCARUUUGCUUUUUAAAUCAAAUGGUCCUCUCCCAUGAAGAAAGUGAAUUGGCUAACAAAUUAAUAACUCUUUAUUUUUGUUUUUUUCGGACUUGUAUCAAGAAAAAAGAUAUUGAGUCAAAAAUGCUUAGUGCCCUUCUAACAGGUGUGAAUAGGGCAUACCCUUAUUCRGAGACAGGUGAUGAGAAAGUGAAAGAGCAGGUUGAUACUUUGUUCAAAGUGUUGCAUGUUGUAAACUUUAAUACYAGUGUGCAGGCUUUAAUGUUGCUUUUCCAGGUAAUGAAUUCUCAGCAGACAAUAUCAGAUCGAUAUUAUACAGCCUUAUACAGAAAGAUGUUGGAUCCUGGGUUGAUGAUGUGUUCCAAGCAAGCUAUGUUUCUUAACCUUGUCUACAAAUCUCUGAAAGCUGACAUUGUGUUGCGUCGUGUGAAGGCUUUUGUGAAGCGGUUGCUUCAGGUUACUUGCACACAGAUGCCACCUUUCAUAUGUGGAGCUUUAUAUCUUGUGUCUGAGAUCUUUAAAGCAAAACCAGGUUUAAGAAGUCAAUUAAAUGAUCACCCGGAGUCUGAUGAUGAAGAAAAUUUUGUUGACAUAGGAGAUGAUGAAGACAUAGAAAAAUUCACUGAUGCAGACAAAGAAACAGAAAUGGAUACAAUGAAAAAAGUGCAAACAGAGGAAGCAGUGCCUGAAAGCGACACAGACACCACAAAACCAAAGACUCCUUCCUGGGUACAUUUUGAUAAUUUGAAAGGUGGCAAACAACUGAAAACAUAUGAUCCAUUCAGUAGAAACCCUUUGUUCUGUGGAGCUGAAAAUACAAGUCUUUGGGAACUCAAAAAGUUAUCGGAGCAUUUUCAUCCCUCCGUGGCCCUUUUUGCAAAAACUAUCCUUCAGGGAAAUUAUAUCCAGUAUUCCGGGGACCCACUGCAGGAUUUCACCCUAAUGAGAUUCUUGGAUCGAUUYGUAUACCGAAAUCCAAAGCCACAUAAAGGCAAAGAAAAUACUGACAGUGUUGUGAUGCAGCCAAAAAGGAAACAUUUUAUAAAGGAUACUCACGGUCUUGCUGUGAAUAGUAAGGAGUUCCUYGCAAAAGAAGAAAGCCAAAUACCAGUGGAUGAAGUGUUUUUCCACAGGUAUUAUAAAAAAGUUGCUAUUGUUAAAGAGAAACAAAAACGGAGUGCUGAUGAAGAGAGUGUAGAAGAUGUGGAUGAUGAGGAAUUUGAAAAAAUGAUUGACACAUUUGAAGAUGAUAACUGUUUCACCCCUGGAAAGGAUGAUCUUGAUUUUGCCAGCAAUAUGAAGAAAAAAACAAAAGCUAAGGAUAACUUGGAAUAUGAAGAUUCAGAGGAUAGCGAUGAUGAAUUCGAUAACCUGGAUGAUGAUGAAGUUUCUUUGGGAAGUAUGAAUGAUGAAGAAUUUGCUGAAAUCGAUGAAGAUGGAGGAACAUUCAUGGAUGUGUUAGAUGAUGAAAAUGAGAGCAUUCCAGGUAAGUUUUUGUUGUUCUUGUUUUUAAUAAAAUACAAAUACAAAAAAAAAUCCUUUCUCAGUCUUGGGCUACUUUUUCUAAUAAAGAUUUCUAAUAUAAUCUGUAUUCAAAUUAUAUAUAUGAAUGAUUUAGAAUUGAAUAAUCUGGACACUGUUUUUUUAGGACCAAGAAAAAAAAAGAAAAGAAACCUCAAUGACUCCAGCCUGUUUGUAUCUGCUGAAGAGUUUGGCCACCUGUUGGAUGAGAAUGUGGGAUCCAAGUUUGAUAAUAUUGGCAUAAAUGCCAUGGCUAAUAAAGAUAAUGCAAGUCUCAAACAGCUCAGAUGGGAGGCUGAACGUGAUGACUGGCUACACAACAGAGAUGUGAAAAGUAUUAUCAAGAAAAAGAAAAAUUUCAAGAAGAAGAGGCARAAACCCACUCAUAAAACUAAAAAGUAAAGGA